GAGCAGCCGGAGCUGUGAAACAGAAAGCCCUAUUAAUAGUAUUAACACUAUUUGCUACUUUACAGGAACUCUUAAAGCUGCUUCAUAGUUUCAAAAGAAUGAAAGCUGUAAAACAAAGAUGGGAAUUUCUCUUGGAGAGCUUUACCUCUUAGCAUUCUGCUUGUGGAGACCUAUAAGCAGGUACUUGCUGGCAUUUGUAACAUAGCUCACAGACUUGCAUCUUGAAAUGGCUUCAGAAUCUCCCUGUCAUGAGACCAGGAGUAGCUUUGAAAUGAAGAGAGAUAUCUUGCUAUCCACUAAGACAUCAUGGAUUCACCUGGAUGAAGAUAUUCCAACUCCAAAUGUAGCAGACAACCCUCUUGAAGACUCUAAAGAAGAAAAUAUUCGUCACUGGUUGAAUUCUGGUUUCUUCUUAUCUACAAAUGAAAACUUACAAGAUAAAGAGGAAGCAGGAAUGGUACAGAUGACUGUGCAAAGCUAUAUGAGAUGCCUGCAUCAGUUUGCAGAAAGUCCUGUUAUGUCAAGAUGGAAUAGUUUCAACUCGUCUUAUUCUCUUACUAGUGCACCCACUAGCAUCACUGAACUGCUGCAGCUCUGGGAAAAGGAUCCAGUUGAGAUUCUACUGGAUUUGGGAUUUGGUAAAGAAGAACCUGAUAUCUGCACUAAAAUCCCUUCUCGAUUCCUCAGUAGUGCUUCCGUAGCCAAAGGGAUCAAUAUCUGUGUCUUUCUGGAAGCUCAAAAGCAGCGUAUGGACGUUGAGAAUCCUGAUUUAUAUGGACGUUUUCGGCAACUGGAAGUCCUGGAUCAUGUGGCUAGUGCCUUUUCAUCUUUGCUGAAUAAUGUUAACAACCAACAGGAGAGAACUGAAGACAGCACUGGAGUAGAGAAGAACAUGAUGGAUAUGCAGAAUAAUACAGCUAUGGCAAUGAGAGCAAAGAGGAGAAGAAUAGGUCAGCUCUUGAAAAGAGUUUCUAGACAGGCAACAGUUAAACAGCAGAGCACUCAGGCUUCUGAAAACUCAGAGUCAUGCAGUGCUGGAGAAAAACAGUCUCCUACCUUUGCUGGAAUGGAUGACUGUAUAGAAACCAGGACAGGCUUUUCUGAAAAUAAGAUCUUGGACUCUGUGACAGAAGAGCAGUUUCCCACUGAGGAGGAUGCACUGACAUCCCAGCCUCCACAAAUGCUGGGAUUGAAAACGUGGGCCUUGUCACAUAUACCUGUAAGGCAGUCCUGCCUUCUUUCUUCAUCUGAGAUGCCUGCCAAAGAUCGAACCCGAAAGGAGUCCAAUUUGCUUUUGACCCAAACACUCAGAAAGGUGUCUAGGCUAAACUGCAAGCCUCCAGAUUCAUUUGAAAUGGAAGAGAUACAGAGCUUUGAAGAUGAAACUCCAUGGGGAAAUCCUCUUGACUGCACUUCAGGAGCUGUGGUUACAAGAGCAAACAGCUACCAGUCUGAUAGCAGUGGAUUUUUGGAGGAACCAUCAGAGCCUUCACCUUUACAGAAUCUACCGAUGCUAGGACAUCUGAACCUUAGAUAUGAUACCCAUGACCAACAAACACCACAAAGUACUGAUCUCUCUGUAUCAUAUCAGGAUACUCAGCAGAAACCAGAGGGUACUGUUCCUAAGGCAGAGUGCAAGAACAGUUUAAAGGUAGAGGGAGAAUGCAAUGACCAGAGAGAAGAAACCGAUCUCUCGCAAACUGCAAGAGAUGGUCUACACCAGACCUGGAAUGAUCAGUCAGAAGAUUUUGUUGAAGAAAUGGUGUAUGAUGUGGAUAAGAAGGAAAUGGAAGUUGAAGGAGAGUGGCUGGGGAAAGAUGAAAAUUGUGAACAACAACUUACUUUAUGUUUUCAGGGUGAUGAUCAGGAGGUGGAGAAUAUUGUCUUCCCAGAAUGUGACCAUCAUUUAUACAUUAAUGCACUUCACAAAAGUCCAGAUCCAUCUCCCACUGAAUAUAAUGGUACAACCUCCAAUGACUUCAGUGGCAGCAGAAUCUGUACCAAAGAAGAAGUAAGUGAGAGACCUCUGAUUGAAGAGGAUGCUCGGGAAGUAUAUAAUGAAAAUGUCCAGGAAGAUACUACAGAACGUAUAAAGGAAAAGCAAUGGGAUAUGGAAAUUUUCAGUAAAGCUGAUACUCUCAUUCCAGUCAUCAAGGCCACAGGUGAUCAGGAGUUAAAUCAGAUGGAUCUGGAUUCAAAACUCUGCUGCUCUUUUGAAACAGGGGCACAAGAAACUGAAUGGCAAGUCUCAUCACUGAAAAAUGAAAAUGAGGUCAUUUCAGACUGUUAUUUUCCAGUACAUGACUGUACUGCUUAUGGCCUAGAAGAAAGACCUGAAUUUAGUUCCUAUGAAAGCUCAGAGACAUGCUGUUUGGAUGAGAUUUUAGCAGCCAGUGAGCCAGAAAAGGAUGACCCCAGUCAAAACUUAAAAAUUAAUACUAAUCCUUUUAAAUCUGUUACGGUUCAGAUGUCAUCACAGCUGGUGUCUACUAUGCAAAAUGUUCCUUUGAGUGAAGGCUUUGCUAAAGCUCAGCCUUUAGAAUGCACAUCCGACAGGUCACAAUACUCUGAGGGUGAGCAUGUAAUUAUUUCAGAGCUGGGCACUUUGAAGGAAAAUCUCAAGGAGCAUAGAGAUGCUUUGAUUCAAACUGACUCAACCGAAGUGAAAAAAAAAAAUCAAUGGCCUGAUCCUCCAUUCCAUAGGCAUGGCCAUCUCACAAAAUCGGUCUCCCUGGACACUGGACUUUAUGGGAAUUGCAAAUCAUCUUGUUGUGGAGCUUUGGCUGCCCGGCCUUCUCCAUUUGCUCACUGCUGUCAUUGUUUCUGCUGCCAUCACUGCUGCUUUUUCUGGGCCAAUCCCUUAACUGGUUCCUCCAAACAUCCUGCAGCCUCUUGUCCCAACCAGGCCAACACAGAAUUACAGCUUCUGAGAACACUAAGGCUUCUGCAGGAGACAUCAAUGAAGAAUAUUUCCCCAUGCACAGUCCAUGAAAUAGAAACCAUGAAAAGCUCAUGCCAGCAUUUCCGGGAGAAGCUAGAUGACAUUGAACAGCAGCUCAUUGAGCAGCAGGCUCUCUUCUCAAGUGCUAUGUCAGACGAAGGAAGGGAGGAAAAAAGACGACUGCAGGUCUUACGUCAAGCUGUGCGCCGGGAAGUGGCCGAACUGGAAUGCCAGCUGAAUGAUCGAGCUCGUCAGGUUAAGGAAGGGAUUCUCAUGCAGCUGGACCAGUUACUAGAAGAACAAUCCCAACUGCUUUCAGAGCUUGGACUCUCCAACGGGAGGGAAGAAAUAAAUGCCCAGAAUAACCAAGUUGUUUCAGAUGCUGCUAACAUUACGCAUCCUUGUGCUGGGCACUCAGAAUUGGUAGUUCCACAGGAUUCCAGCAGGAUUGAAACAUUCCCAUCCAGUUCUUCAGCCUCAAUGCCAACAACCUCCAAGAUGUGGUUGCCUACCAUGACAGUGACCCAGCCAAAAUCAGUAGAGUCAGAUCCACAGGAGCUCUCCAUCAGCAAGAAGGAAACAAAAGGUCCUCCUCAGUCAAAAAUGGACUUCAAGACUUUCCUGCAGAUUCUGAAGAACUCGUUCCGAAAUUCAUUCAGUAAUGACUUAACCGAAGGAAAAGACUGAUGGAAAAUGCAUGACACACAGACUUUUGUUUUCAUGAAGAAGACAACAAAUAUAUCUGAGGUGUUACAGAAGAGGGAUGAUUAGGACAUUAGAUAUGUAGCUUUUGUAAUAAGAAGACUGCCUGGAAAAGUAAACAAUUUUAAGGUAUAAUCAAGAUGAGGGCACCAUGUAGUCUGCUAUUUUGUGGUCACAGAUUUUGGUACAUGCCUUUUGCCUACCAGAUGGUAUAGCGCUAUACCCAUAGAUUGUA